GCCCGCCAGAAAGAUGAUGACAUUGAAGAAGGGGAUCUUCCCGAACACAAGAGGCCUCCAGCACCAAUAGAUUUCUCAAAAAUUGAUCCAGGCAAGCCUGAAAGUAUCCUGAAGCUGACGAAAAAGGGGAAGACUUUGAUGAUGUUUGUCACAGUGUCGGGAAAUCCCACAGAAAAGGAGACUGAAGAAAUUACUAGCUUGUGGCAGGGCAGUCUCUUCAAUGCAAACUAUGACGUGCAAAGGUUUAUCGUUGGCUCAAAUCGUGCCAUCUUUAUGUUACGUGAUGGCGGUUACGCCUGGGAGAUCAAAGACUUUCUGAUAAACCAAGAAAGGUGUGCGGAUGUUACUCUGGAAGGUCAGGUUUAUCCUGGCAAAGGAGCAGAAGAAAAUGAGAAAGUGAAAAACAAAACAAAACCUGAAAAAGCAAGGAAGAAAAAAGAUGCAGACAAGAAAUCUAAUAGCAUCAAAGAGGACAACCGAGCAACCAAACAGAGAGAGGAUCUAUGACAGACACGUUAACCAGACUGAAUGCUGCUCUGCUGUUCCUUGGAGGGAAACUAAUUUUCCAUACAAUUCCUGGCUUUAUUGGUGGGGGAAGGAAGGAAGCAGAGAUUACUGAUGUUGAAAGACUUCUAUGUUGAAAUACACCAGUUUACUUAUUAAUAUGGGCCAUUUGUUUAGUUACAGGAAAGGUAAUGUUUAAUACCAGCGACUGACUACUUUAGUUUGUAAUUUUUUAUGCUUUUGUUGUUGUUUAAAAUAAACAUACAAAUCUGUGUGUCUAACAUCACAAGCUUAAUUUAAGUGGAAAAGAAGAAAUACAAUCUUAGAAUACACCGAUGUUCAUCUAUAGUAGCCGCAUCCAUCUUGGGUAUGCAAGUUGGUUGUUGAUUCAUAGAUGCUGUUAGAUAGCAGAGUACAGUGCUAAAAGAUUCUCUUGGAAGCCAGUUUUCUAGACUCAGUUGGCAAAACUGCCUAAAAUUGAAAAGAAUAGUGUUACAGUGGCCAAAGAUGCCUAAAAUUACGGUGUUUAGGAUGUGUCUGGUUAGACUGCCUGUUUCUUUAUAAAAUAAACAAAACUGAUUCUGUAUGUCCCCAGAAAUCCACAGAAGUUCUUAGAAGCAUGGUGGAAGAAGAUAAGGGACAUACUCGGCUAAUGCACUCCAGUGCAGAAAGGAGGUUCUGUACCCAUCAGAAGUGAUGAUGGGAUGUUAAUGAAUUAUAGCACCUGUGCGAGCAGUGCAGGGGUGAAAGGAAAAGUCAGAUUCAUGCCAUUCAGAUUGCUAUUGCUGCCAAAGAACUGUGCCUGUGGAAGCGAAUGUUAUGUAUGCCCCGUUAUGUAGACAGUGAGCUAGAAGAAAUAGCUUUAACUCUGAAAUGAAUUCAUUUUACUGGUCUAAGGUUUUGUUUAAAUCUCUGAAAAAGCACUAGUUACAGUACAGAGUUAAAGUUUGAGUUAGACCUAUCACUGAAUGUUUAAUAACCAGAUCAGGUUCAAGGGAGUUUUUUGGGUACGGAUUCCUGACUGACAUGGUCGAUUGUAAAUGAACAUUUGAUUUAAAUGCUAUGAAGUUUGAUGUAUGGGAGCAAAUGUGAUUUCUCUUUGAAAGACUUUGUAUAACUGGGAAGGUUUUGUUAUUAUUCAGAUUGUAUUCAGUUAAAUCCAUUGCUUAGAAUUGUUUCCCUUCUGCCUUACUAUCUGUUAAGGACUAAAUGCACCUAGUAUGUAUGGUCCACAUCAUUUUCCAGGGGAUGAGCACAGUGUUAACUGUCUUCAUUCGUUACUACUAAGAUGUUACUUUGACUCUUUAUUUAAGGUGCUAAAAUCCAAGUGUUUUGGAUAAAAGGUCCCAACUGAACCAUAAUGGUUGAUCUUGUGGAAUACUUCAGUAUCAAAAGUGGGAAGCUGUGACUUACUGAGUGCUUGUUCUAAAAUAAAAGAUGUCACUAAA